CCCGCGUCAUGCUGUGCAGCACCGUUGACAGGAGGGCUUGUUUUGGGAUGGUGGGCCGGUGUGUCGUGUCUUACCGCAGGCUCACCUCCUCGCCAUCUUACCUCCAGUGUAUGGACUGUUUCUUACAGGACACUCAAUGAGUUAGCAUGAAUCACCUGUCAUCGCUUCUGCUCGUGGUGAACACAAGGAAUUGAAGACAUGGCUGAACCAGACCCUUGUCCGCAUCUGGACACCGUCGGGGAGGUGACCAAAGAUGACCUCCUGCUGAAAUCCAAGAUUGUUAGAGGAAGAGAGGAGGUCCCCAUCAGUGAGCGUCAGUGUGGCUUCAUGUUAAGAAACAGUGCCACAGAUCCAUGCAUUGUCUUCAGGAAGGUCAUAGAGAAGUAUGGCGAAGGCCAGAAGACCUGUGUGAGUGUGAAUAAGAAGGGAACUUGCCACUCCUGUGAAGCUGGAGGUCCGAACCUGUGGGCCUGUUUACAGCAUGAGUGCUCUUACGUUGGUUGUGGAGAAUCCUUCUCCGAUCACAGCACCCAGCAUGCUCACUCAAAGAAGCACAGCCUCACAGUGAACCUGACCACCUUCAGGAUCUGGUGCUACGUUUGUGAACGGGAAGUGUUUCUGGACCACAGGCCCUCGCUGGUGCCGGCUGCGCCUCACCAGUGUAAAGCUUCAGAGCAGGAGGCACCAGCCCACACAGUGAGUCACCCGCUCAGAGGGGUUCCUAUAGCUGUGGCUGAAGAAGAAUGUUCGGAGUCAGAAGAGGACGAGCUGAAGCCGAGAGGUUUGACUGGAAUGAAAAACAUAGGAAACUCCUGCUACAUGAACGCUGCUCUCCAAGCUCUGUCCAACUGCCCUCCGCUCACUCAGUUCUUCCUGGACUGCAGCGGACUCGUUCGAACCGACAAGAAGCCGGCUCUUUGCAAAAGCUAUCAGAAGCUCAUCUCAGAACUGUGGCACAAGAAACGGCCCAGCUAUGUGGUUCCCACCAGUUUGUCUCAUGGCAUCAAGUUAGUAAACCCCAUGUUUCGCGGUUACGCUCAGCAGGACACGCAGGAGUUCCUGCGCUGCCUGAUGGACCAGCUCCACGAGGAGCUGAAGGAGCCACUGUCGGAAUUCAGCUUGAGCAGCGACAACGCAGACAGGGAUGAGAGAAGAGGGGACGGAGACCGCUCUCCCUCUGAAGACGACUUCCUGUCCUGCGACUCCGGCUCCAGCAGCGACCGAGGAGAGGGAGGGGGCGCAGGAGACGGAGACCUGCACGAUGAGUGCGACGGACGCAGGUCGCCGGCGUCUCCAGUGUCUUCUCUCGCCAGUGCCAUCUCUGAGAAGGAGAGGCUGAAGGAGAAACGGGUGUCCGGCUCGCCGCUUCACAGAGGCUCGCAGGAGCUGGACGAGGACGCAGAUGUGGACACCGCAGCCGAAGAGGGCGGUGGAGAGUGUCCGCAGGAAGAGGAGUGCACGUCCACCACAGACACUGAGGCUCAGGAACACACCCAGUCGCCACACACCGAGUCAGAACAGGAGGAGGUCAACACCACGUCAGAGCCGGACAAUGAGGCCUCAAUGAGCCGCCCUCACUCGCCCCCCUGCAGUCCCGUCAGAACCCUCCAGGAGCUGCACUCCAAACUGUCCUCCACUGCGCCCCGGUCCAGUCCACUCCGCUCCGCAGGACCGGCCUACUCUCUGAAGAAAGGACAAAUUGUGCUAACCUCCAGGAAAAAGAAACAGUCUCACUUUCGCAGUGUGAUCUCGGACAUCUUUGACGGCUCCAUCCUCAGCCUGGUGCAGUGUUUGACCUGUGACAGGGUAUCCACUACGGUAGAAACCUUCCAGGAUUUGUCACUUCCUAUUCCGGGGAAAGAAGACUUGGCCAAACUUCACUCUUCAAUUCACCAGAACCUUCCCGUGAAGGCUGGAGUGUGUCCAGAGACCUACGGGUCGCAGGGGUGGAUCUCAUUCAUCAUGGACUCCAUACGACGGUUCGUCGUCUCGUGUAUCCCUACUUGGUUCUGGGGUCCCAUGGUGACGCUGGAGGACUGCCUCGCAGCUUUCUUCGCCGCGGAUGAACUCAAAGGAGACAACAUGUACAGCUGUGAGAGGUGUAAAAAGCUGAGAAACGGUGUCAAAUAUUGCAAAGUGCUCCGACUUCCAGAGAUUCUGUGCAUUCACCUGAAACGCUUCCGACACGAGGUGAUGUAUUCCUUCAAGAUCAACAGCCACGUGUCCUUUCCGCUGGAGGGUCUGGACAUGCGACCUUUCCUGGCUAAGGAGAGUCCUUCCCAGGUGACCACGUAUGACCUGCUGUCAGUCAUUUGCCACCAUGGCACUGCAGGAAGCGGACACUACAUCGCCUACUGUCAGAAUGUGAUCAACGGCCAGUGGUACGAGUUCGACGACCAGUACGUCACAGAGGUUCACGAGACAGUGGUGCAGAACGCCGAAGCCUACGUGCUGUUCUACAGGAAGAGUAGCGAGGAGUCGCUGAGGGAAAGACAGAAGGUGGUCGCUCUGGCCAACAUGAAGGAGCCCAGCCUGCUGCAGUUCUACAUCUCCAGAGAGUGGCUCAACAAGUUCAACACCUUCGCGGAGCCGGGUCCAAUCAGCAACCACACAUUCCUGUGCCAGCACGGAGGGAUCCCUCCGAAUAAAUACCCCUUCGUAGAUGACCUGGUGGUGAUCGUGCCCCAGCACGUGUGGGAGUACCUUUACAACAGAUUCGGAGGUGGUCCAGCCGUCAACCAUCUGUAUAUGUGUGCCAUCUGCCAGGUGGAGAUUGAAGCUCUGGCUAAACGCAGAAGGAUAGAAAUAGACACCUUCAUUAAGCUGAAUAAAGAGUUCCAGGCUGAAGAGGCUCCGACGGUGAUUCUGUGUAUCAGCAUGCAGUGGUUCAGAGAGUGGGAGAGUUUUGUCAAAGGCAAAGACAACGACCCGCCCGGCCCCAUCGACAACAGCAAGAUAGGCCUCAUGAAAGGAGGACACAUGCAACUUAAGCAGAGUGCAGACUACGGUCAGAUCUCAGAGGAGACGUGGCACUACUUGCUGGCGAUUUACGGCGGUGGCCCUGAGAUCGCGGUGAGACAGACGGUGGCCCCAGCCGACCCGGAAGUUCUGCACGGAGAGAGGAAGAUCGAAGCAGAGACAAGAGCACUUUGAAGAGAGGUCUGCCAAGCCCCCCUUUUUUUUCCAGUCCCUCACAGAGACGAGGAAUUUUGCGGCGUGGUGAAAAGUUCUCAUCACAAGCACUAAAUGUAGAUGUGCUUCCUCGAGAGGUAGAGCGAGACAAGCGGCAGCCUCACGUGGUCAGAUGAGAGACCAAGCGAGGGAGACAUGGAUUCUGCUCUCAAUUUGUCACUGUAGUUUUUAGCAAGUGAUUGAAGCUGGUCUCUGGAAUCACUCGUGCACACUGAAAUAGAGACAUCCCAGCUCAGUAUAACGGGGCCCUGCAGCAUGACUGACCACCGACGCAUGCACACGGGGGGCGACAGAAAAUCGUCAGGGACAUUUGACAAUCCUCAAACUGCAUGAAACUUCUAUUUGAUAUUGUGCUCGACUUGCUGGAUGUCGCUGAGAGAGAAGAGUUUCAGGGCAGGUGACAUGGAGCCAGGUGUGAAGAAGCUGAAAUAGAAAGGAAGAGAGGAGAGGAUUUCACAACAGACAGCGCUGCGAGACGGCUGAGAUCCCAUGAACGACUGUAUUAAAGGGUGUUGAAUUCUCUGUUCAAACUUGUUUGUUUAGUUUGUAAGUUGUUGAAUGAAGCUGCUCUUCAAUCCUCAUUCUUUUGGCGAUGAAGUGGGGAAGCUAAGCAGAGCUACAGUCCAACAUUCAUCUUUCAUCAUCGCAGUUAAAUAUAUGUUCACGCCACAGCCACUAGGGGCAAUUACAUUUCCUCAGUGGGCCACAUUGUAUACAGCGACUUCUGUGAGGGGCUGUCAAGCCCAAACAGCAGAAGGAAUGAAUAAAAUGGAGCUUUAGUAGGCUGAAAAAACAAGUAACAAGAACAAAGUGUUCACACUUAGAGUUAAAAAAAAAUCAUACGUGAAGUAAGUCUAUUUUAAUAUGUAUAUUUCUCAUUUAAUACACAAUGUAUUCUUUCUAUACCUACACAGUUUAAGAGGUGUAUUUCUUUGCAAAAGAACAAAUUGUCAUGAAUAAUGCAAUUUUUCAUCAUAAACUUCACGCUGUCACAACUUCACAAUGCAUAAAUGCAGGCUAUGUGCUGUAUGUGGCCCUCAAGCCGCACUUUGGCCCACAUAUAUUCCUCUCCCAGGUGAUCAAGUUUCUUAGCUAAGAAGCUUAGGCUAUUAACUCCAUAUGAAGAGGCUGUAUAUGGCAUUGCAUCGUUGUUUUUUGAGAUAUACUGAACAUAUUUUCUCUACCAAUAGUAUUAAUAUACAUAUAUUCAUACAAUACAAAUGAUUAUCUGGAAAUAGAAUCCCUGUUUAAUAUGAAUUACACAAGAGAUUAAUAUCAAAGAGUUAAUAAGAUACACACGUUUUUUAUCACUUUUUUUUAACCACAAAACUUGGCAGAUGAGAAAUUGUUUUAGCUAAACAUUUUUAAAAUCAACCCUUCAAUCAGCUGAGAAUCCUCAUGUUUUCUUAGUAUUGCACUGCCUCAAAUGCAGCUGUCGAAGGUUGGAUGUGAAUAUGAGCAUAGCUUUACUCAACCUUUUCCUGACUUCAGUCAUAGUGGCAAGAUCAUUUUCAUGCCAGUGUCUGAUAGAGAAUGCUGUAAGGAUUGGAACAAAACAAAGAAGAAUAAAUACCAAGUUACGUGCUAGUGUGUGUCGUGUGCUGCCAGUCACCGUCAAGUUCUCAAGAGCAGCCAGAGAUUCUUAUGUGGCAUGUUUGGUCAUGAACAUGAACCCUGAAGUGAAAUAUUAAUCUGAGUAAUUUCCUCAUUAACAUCUCCAGUGACUGUUGACACAUUUACUUGGAGUCAAGAAAUGGGAUACACUUCUAUCUUGGGGCGCAAGCGUAAACGUGUUCUUCUGAAGACGUGACACUUGCAAGAAGAUGAUACUUAAAAAAAUGUUUGCAAAAUGUCAACACAAAAUAAUAAAAGUUAGAGGUGAAACAAGAAAUUACAUGAAAUCCUCCCACUCGGGGUCACCAAAGCGAGUCAUCCACCAAAACCAUGGUGUGGUCACUCCAGCCUCUUUAUGUCCUCUUAGUUUGUCUUCCUACCACUAUUGUCCUAUGAAGCUUCUCCACUGUGACUGCACUCUUUUCCUCAUCAGCCGCCAUGUCCGUCUGAACACUUGACCUAUUUUCACGACCUCUACUCCCUCAUCUUCACUCUUCCUCCUGUCUCCCUCUCAUUCACACGUAUGAAAAAUAAAAUCCAAGUUAUAUCAGAAUAGAAGAGCAGGUUUUAUCUCACUAAGAUUAUGUGUAAAAAUACUGCAUUCAAAUUCAAGCUCCCAAGACUUGUUUAUUUAUUGACCCAUUAGCAACACAAAGGCUAAAAACGUCUGUGCGCUUGAGCGCCACCUGCAGGACAUGAUAACUGCCAAUCUAUUAAAAGCGCUUUUGUUGUGUUUCAUAGACAGACAGAAAUAUAUACUUAUCUACUGCAUUCUUAUCUACUGGAGUUUGAGAAACAUUUUUAGAUUGAUAGAUGAGUUUAUUUUAUUGAUAUUACAGAAUUUUAACUUCUGUUUGUCAGAACAAUAAACAUUGUUUUGGAACUGCUAUGACUAUUAAAAACAUAUUCAACAUAUAUGAUUGGAUCAGGUUCAUUCUAGUUCGGAGUUACUGUGUAAACGAAUAAUCUGUUUCCAGAGCAAAGCUAAACAUCGCUUCAGUUGGAGCAUGUCACCCUCCCUUUUAAAUUUACAGUGUAUUAUUUUUCAGGUGACAAAACUUCCUUAUUAAGUGAGUGGCAUGUUCAUGGGUGACGCAUUAGCGACUGAAUGAUUGUCGUCAAAACGAUCAACCCCAGCGUCAUAAAGUUUCACUUUCAUCUGUCAGGCUUCCAGUGCUGUGCAUGUUGAGUUUUGAGCCUGUAUUUUGCUUCAGCUGUGUGCACAAGGCUUGUUCACUCACUGACAUGACUCUGAUGCCAUACAAUGAAAACAGGUUUCCCUCAUGCCACUUGAGGAGAAGGAGGAGGCGGUGCAGCCUAUUAACCGGUGAUAACUUGUGUGUGUGUGUGUUUGCCUGUGUCCCGCCUUGUAACUAUGCGUGUGAAAAUCUCAUUUUCUCACUUGGGGCAACGAGCGGCAGCGCGGUCGCACACCACCCAUCCAGAGGUGGAGUCGCUUUACGCUGCGGUUCCAGUGAUGAUGCCUCCAUCAGUCAACAUGAUGUCUGAAUGAUGUGUGCGUAACAACAGUUCGACUGCUUCACGCGUUAAAACUGCCUGGUCUUUAAUUUGUCGGUGUCUUGUAGUUUCUGUUGUGUGCUAGCUUUUUUCCAAAAUACUGGGAAGAGUCUGUGAUGGAACGGAUGGUUCAGUCUCACCAUGAUGAUGAGCCAAACUUAUUUGUUUCAAAACAUCAGGCUUUGAUUUAAUUUUGAUGACUCAGCAGCUCAGAUCUCCAAAAUUUCUAUUGACACACUGUGUUAACCACCAAACAUUUAUUUCAAUUGAAAAAUGGGCUUCAGAAAUCCCAUACACUACUCUUCUCUUUGCCUACUAGCUGAACUGCGUUUUACCACUAACCCCUCACUUUCAUGCAAAUAUUGGUAACUGCAUUAUAUUUGUCUGUAUUUAUGAAGUUGGUCGUAUCAUACAUCUGCUGCUAUCUAUUUUAGCACUACAAGUCACAUUCGACUUACGACUGGGAUCGGUUCCGACCAACCGGUCAUAAGUCGAAUGCCAUUCAAAAUAGCGGACGCAAGGGUUAUAGGUGCUACUGUAAUGGUAGAUGGCUGUGUGAGAGUGAGAUGCUGGGAUACUGUGCUGCUGUUGUAAGUCGGAUGUUAGUUGUAUUCAUUUCUGCUUUUUGCAAAGAGACUUUGAUCCCUGAGACCUCAAGACUGGUCUCACUCUACCCUACAUUUUCAUGGUCUUGGUGUUGACUCAGUGGUGGCCAAUUGGACCUCUGGUAGGUCCUCACCAGGCAGAGUGUGGGACCUGACAAGAGGAACCUUGUUCCAAGCUCUGAAGCAGUGGGUGGACGAAACAUGCAAGUCUCAGAAGUAUUUGAAGGACUACUCACCUGUUGUAGCUUGGAGACUAAGUAAGGUCACAUGGUUUGGACACCCAGAGAGGAAGGACAGUGUUGGACCAAGAAUGUUGGAGAUGAAGGAAAGGAAGAAAACCAGUGAGGCACGAAGGAGUGACAAGAGGAUGGUGAAGAUGAAGGUACUUGCUGUGGUGAGCCCUGGUGGGAAAGAAAAAAUUUUUAAAAAUUCAGUGUGUUGAAAAACGGACAGUCGUUGAUUCUUGCAGACAUCAAGCAUUAAUCAUCACAGUCUAAUAACGUUAGUAAGAAUUGAGAUCAGCCUCCUGACUCAUGGCUGACUUUAGUAAAUACUUUCGCAACCAGCAUCAUGAGCUACUCAUCUAAACGUCAACUUUUGUAAAAACAUGAUAAAUAUCAUCACAAUUCAAUAGCAAGUGCCAGAGCAGACCAAACACCAAAUUUAAUAAGCAAAGAACAAUUCAAUUCAUCAUACAAAACGACCUAAAAACGUCAUAAAAUGUCAACCUCAAUUUAGUGUAUUAAAAGACAAAGACGAAGCUGAAAUACUUGAAGCUGUUUCAGGGGAAAAGAGCAGCUUUUUAGUGGGCAGCUGUUCAUGAUGUCACUUCCAGCAGUCCCAUCCGUAUGCUGAGCCGAGCGCAGCCCAGACGAGAGGAGGACCAGGAGGAAAAGAAGGCAGCCAGCUCCGAGGAUGUGACGCCUCUGCGAAGAGACUAUCUUUGAAAUUGAGGUAAGACAGAAGCCUCCUCAUCCACCGGCAGAAUCCAGCGCCAGUCCUGCUGCACAGUCAUCACAUAGAUCAUUUCAAGGUUACUCUCUCUCUCUCUCUGCUGUGUGAGACAAAAAUGACUUGGAUUAUAGAUGAAGUCUGGGUGUUUGUUUUGAGGAGGAGGGAGCUUUGUCUGCAGGGAGUUCACACACCAGAGGGGUGAGACGGGCGUGUCCUAAUAGCAACUGUCAUUUUCAUUCUGACGGAUGGUGUUCUGCUUACUGAUCAAUGGCCACAUGGAAACAUCGAACGGAAAGUGUAAUUUAAUGAUCGAUGCUCAUCGAAGACGUCUUCUAUUCUCUUGAAAAGGGUGUUGCCUGUCUGCAGUGGUCAGUCCAGAAUGAAGGCCAGAUGCAGGAUCGAUGGCUUUAGCUUGACUGGCAACUGAAAAAGCCGCAGUCCAGUCAGUUAUCAUGCCGACCCCUGUCCACUUUAGAAACCAAGCUUUGGCUUGAGUCCACCUUUCAUAGCAAGCCAGGCUCCUCCACUUUAACCAAGAGUAUCUUCCUCAUCCGUCCUACUCACAUUUCUCCUCUUUAUGUCCUGCUUUAUCACAUCCAUGAGUUGUCUUCCUUGUCUUCUUGUCUCCAACGUCCUUCGCCCCCAACAUUUCACACCUCCCUCAGAUGUACUUGUUUCUAAUCUUGUCCUCCCUAGUUCCUCCCAAUGACAACCAGUGCAUCUCCACUUUUGACUCUUCUCACUCUGCUUCUUGUCUUUGUGUCAGAGCUACUGCCUCUAAACCAAACAUGAUGGCAGGUCUCACUACUGUCCUACAGAGCUUAACUUUCAACCUUCAUUCCUCUGCUCCACAACUCGUGCCUCCAUCUCUUGUAGCUUUACUCUGACUACAAAUCACUAUAACAUCAGCAAACAUCAUAGUCCAUGCAGACUCCACCCUAAUGUCAUCUGCCAGUCCUUCCAUAACAAUAGCAAACAUGAAUGGGCUCAGAGCUGAUGCCUGAUGGACCCCUCCUCUUGUAACCUAAAAAGAGGCUCUGGGUUAAGUGUCAC